UAUUCCGUGUAUACACCUGCCAGUCUGCCUCCACCACCGCUGUACACGUCGGCACAUCCCCACCCCUCGGGGGUUGUGGAUCCUGGUAUCGCGGGUCCAUCGUAUUCCCAUGGUUCAAACACGUCGCCCGAAAUCGCAUAUCAUCCGCGGCCGAGUACAAUGGGGCUUUCUCCAUCAUCACGAUAUCACCCGUACGCAACAGCAGAGAAGGCAGCCCUAGGUGCAUCAAUGGCGCCUGCAAGUCCGACGAGCAAGCCGUAUGCGUGUCGGCUAUGUCCAUACACGUCGUCGAGGUCACACGACCUGAAGCGGCACAUGCGGACGCACACCAAUGAGCGCCCGUACGAGUGCGAGGUGUGUCACAGGACGUUCGCGAGGAAGGACGCUGCCAAGCGACAUAUGGCGGCCAAGAACUGUGGG